GCUACUUUGUAAUUUUCCAUUAGUCGUCCCCAAUAGAGUUCCAGUUUCCCAUCCCACGGUUAGCUCUCUCCUUUCAAGUUCCUACAUACCAUGGCAUUGUAUCUAGCAAAGCUCCCGAUCCUCCUCGCGAUCUUGUUGAUGAUUUCUCCUGGCCCUCUCCCGGCAAAAUCCUCGAGUACUUUCUCGAGAAGUAUUUCCCCUCUGUCCCUCGGCCUCAAGAGCGAGAAGCUCAGCCACCUCCACUUCUACUUCCACGACAUAGUGAGCGGGCCCAACCCCACAGCGGUCCGCGUGGCCGAAGCCAACAUGACUAACCAGUCCGUCACCGGGUUUGGGGCCACAGUCAUGAUCGAUGAUCCACUCACCGAGGGCCCUGAGCAGAAGUCGAAGCCCGUGGGGCGGGCCCAGGGCAUCUAUGCCAUGGCCUCCCAGACCGAAGCAGCGCUGCUGAUGAUCAUGAACUUUGCUUUCACGGAAGGGAAGUACAACGGCAGCACCCUAAGCAUUCUAGGGCGGAACAGUGUUUUCUCGCAGGUGAGGGAGCUUCCGGUCCUUGGCGGGAGCGGGCAGUUCCGCUUCGCCCGAGGUUAUGCCCAGGCACGGACUCACACAUAUGAUGUCAAGACCGGGGACGCCUGCGUAGAGUACAACGUCUACGUCCGCCAUUACUGAUAUUUUAAAUACUCCGCGGGCUCAGUACAAGGACGAGCGGUUGAGAAGAGGAUGACGCGACGUCGUUCCUGCAUGCAUGGAUGUGCCUUGGGACAUAAAUGGACGGCCACGGACAAUUUUUGGAACUGUCCCGCAUCUCACGCACUGUCGUGUCUCGGUGUCUUCUUAGUAUUAUUAUUAUUGAGAUGAGAUUUACAAUAAAAAUAAUUGAAUUAUAUAUGUGCGAGUUAUUUCUUAUGUAUGUGAUGAUGGACGAGCAGCUCGAAGUUCUAUAUAAUUUCUUUGAUACGUA